AUGAAAAGUUUCGGAGCGAGAGCAGGUUUACUAGGAUUGAUUAUUGGAUGUAGCAUCGGAAUACCAGCAGGUCGACAAUUUCACUUGUACUUUGAUGCUGAUGCCAUCGAGGCUAAACGAAAACAAGCUGAAGAAAAUCAACAAGCUUUUUCUGAAACUGAGGAAUCAAAAGAGGAGACAACAACAACAACAACGAACACCAUUACGAGCAAUGUGAUAGAAACCUCCCAAUCAAACAAUGCUCCUUCGACUACGCCUGUUGUAAAUAAUGUAAUUGAAAACAAUAACUUGGAAUCGGAACACAAAGAGGAAUCACAAGAAAAGGCAACCAGACCUUUUGAAGGUGGUAUUUUCAAUUUGAGAAGAUUCUUCUAG